AUUCGUGUACUUGCUCGAUCCACUCUCCUGUGGUCUAACAUUCCCUCCAUAUCAUUCUUCUCUAGCACGACAUGCCAGUGCUUACUACUUAGCUUUCUGCACUACACACCGUCAACGGAACAAGCCCUUGGUAUUAGCAUCGAUUGAGCUGCGCACCACGAGCUCCAAGAUAGGAGAAUAGGCUUCAGUCUCGUACACCCAUCAGUGUUCUCUCAGUCUAAUGUGAGUUACCGAAGUCUUUCGUACGUAAACAAUGAUAGGGUGUAUGAGGUGGUAAAGCUAAGGGUAACCGCAGUAUCAUUCUCAUUGCUCUUUCAGGCGACUGGCCGCUUACGGUUGGCAGCUGUCGAUACCUUCGCUUUGAGCGCGGAAGUCCCAUCAUCAUGACCAGUAACCAAUCGGGUCGUUCUGAUAAUUCGAAUACGAAUGCUUCAGCAGAUCAGGCAAACGCUGGUAGAACGAAUGGAGACAGACACCAAACCCAAGGCAGCACUCAGGGAGACAGUGAAUUGGUUUCCGAAGCUUCUGUUCCUGUGGGCACUCUGAGGGUCUCGAAUGGUCGUGUGACAGGGGAAGAAUACCAAGAGUACUAUGAAUAUAGUCAAAGUGAUAAAAAACCUAAUGGGACGCAGUGAUUCGUCUGCUUGCAAGGUUCUAGCCAAUAGCAGACAAGCGAAGGAAUAUUGUUCUUCCGACACCUAAAUUCAUAGAAGUGCCCCGCAUGCACCGCCACGUCUUUCAUUGAAAUGAUCAUUAAUGCACGUGUCAUGUGGAGACGUUAAAAGCUCGGCGCCUGCCUGUGCACCA